CAAAGCGAUCAGUAACUGAUACAGAAUUUAUAUAAAGGACAUCUGAAGAGAAAGAAGAGAAUUUAUCAAGAAAAAACAUCUCGACUGGGAUCUGUGCUGACAAUAUAGCCAGGUUAUCGCUAUAAUAAAGGUACAUUACAAAUCGAAAGCAGUUUAUUCGCGUAAAUAUAACGCCUGGUGAACGUUCAUACAAAGGAGCUAGAAGUAUCCGUGGAUUUCUAAACAGUUCAAUCUUGCAUUGCGAAUUUCAUUAUACAAAAGUCAAACCUUGUAGCUAAAGUUCUUAUCAGUUCCUUACAAUGUCAGCCGACUUUAGCGAGCAUGAAAUCAAUAACUAUAGAGAGGCAUUUCGUCUUUUUGAUACAGAACAAAAUGGACAUAUAACUUUAGAUGGUCUAAGGGAGGUUUUGGUAACUAUUGGUUACUCGCCAAGCAAAGACGAACUGCAGAACAGACUGAUGGAAAUCAAUACUGCAGGGAAUGGUGUGAUCAGUUUUGAUGAAUUUAUUUCGGUCGUUGCACUUGGCAAACACGAAAUUGAAGACCAUGAAAUGGUAACUUUGUUUCACACCUUCGAUUUAGACAGAAGUGGAUAUAUCUAUCCGGAAGAACUAAAAAUCGUUCUAAAGAGGCUUGGUUUUGUUUUUACGGAGAAGCAGGUGGAAGCAAUGAUACACUACGCCGACUCUGCUGGUGACGGGCGCAUUUGCUAUGAAGAAUUUCUCAGAGCAAACGAUGCAAAAAUCCACAAGCUGAAAAAACGAAAACAUGCUGUCGCCUUAGAUACAAUUUCUGAUGCGGACAUAAUGAAAUACAAGGAAGCAUUUCAUUUAUUUGAUCUUGAAGAUACCGGACAUAUAACAUUGGAGGAAAUGAGAAAGGUCAUGUCAAAAUUAGGAUUUAGUAUGAGCAAAGAAGAUCUUAAACAGCGUCUUAAAGAAAUCGAUCAAAGGGGAAACGGAGUUAUCAACUUUGACGAGUUUAUUGCUGUAGCAGCUGAGCGCCAGCACGACGAAGAAGAACAGGCGAUUAUUUGCGCUUUAAAGGUAUUUGACACAGACGCAGACGGUUAUAUAUCAAAGGAUGGAUUGUCAAAUGGCUUAAAGAAACUCGGUUUUGCGUUCAACGAAAAGCAAGUUGAAGCGAUGUUACAUUACGCUGACAUUCACGGAGAUGGAAAAAUAAAUUAUGAAACUUUUAUCAAGUCCAACGACUUUAGAUUACACAAACAUUGAAAGAUAAAAGAUAAAUGACCUGCUUAGACUAACUGUUUACUUCCAUGUUUCCAGUAGCUUUCUUCUUAAAGAUAAUAAAGUUAGUCAAAAGCGUAUUUAAGAGAAUCAGGCGAGUAAUGUAACAGAAAAAUGCGAUAAACGGUGUAAUAUGUUUUUCAACUUUUUUUAUUUAAUUAGAUGAUAUUGUUAGUGAAAA